CGAAAAUGGACCAACGGCAUUGAAACCUCAACCUCUGAUAAUCUGCUGCACGUAAGUACUUUCAAUAUCUCAUUGCACCCAAACUUGAAUGCCCCCUGCCAUAAGAGACUUAAAAAAUGAUCUAUCUGAAAUCCACAAUUCAAAGAAAUGACAUAAGAGACUUAAAAAAUGAUUAUUUCUACUCACUACACAUUAUGCCUUAGAGUAUUCAUAUACUUUGGUCACCAAGUAUACAUUCACAAAAUAGAAAUUAAAGUAGGGUUAUUUCAUUGUGAGGGUGACACGUGGAAGGUGAGAUGGAGGUGACAUGCCAUUGAGGUGGAUUUAGUGUUUACAAGAGCGUUUCACAUUCGGCCUUGAAAAUCAGACGUCACCCAAAACCGCCGUUUCAUAUGCUUUAACCGGCGCCUGUUCCCCUAUGCGACCGGAGAAGUUCAAGAAACCGGCCCGUCAAGCAUCAAUUCUGGUGAGCAGCUUCCGGAACCCAUCGGUCGACCCUCAGAAUUAGCCAAACCCAUUGUGCACGAAUGAGCCAGUACGAAGAAGAAACAUUCCAGAUUCAAUUUUGGACGCAUUUUGACAAGUUUGCGCCCGUUCACCAGUCAUGGACAUUUUGGUGGCUAAUUGAUCUUAGUUGUAAUUUGGCAGGGAAUACAUCCCAGGGGCGUGUUUGCAGCCUUGACAGUGUUAGAACAUCUAUUGCCCAGUGUGCCAGGGUUUGUGGGUUUUGAAAAACAAAAGGUUACUUCGGGUUCAUACUACUUCAUGUUUGGGUCAAUGUGGGUUCAAGUAGAGAACUAUAUGUUCAUCACCAUUAUCAUUCGGUUUGGGUCGACCCAACGGGUUAAAACUUUGAUUUUAAACAAAAUUUAAGUUCAUAU